CUUAGCUAUUGAAGUUUACCUUGCAUCGAUUCAAGGCACCUCACUUUGUUUCCCCUUCAACCUUCCCCAAACAGCACAACCAACAAGACUCGGCUGAGAUUCUGAAUCAGUGAAACGCAAAAGCAGCUCCGAAAAUGACAGAGGCAGUGAUAAGAAAUAAACCGGGUAUGGCGAGCGUCAAGGACAUGCCGGUUCUGCAGGACGGUCCGCCGCCAGGUGGAUUCGCUCCGGUCCGGUACGCUCGCCGGAUCCCCAACAAGGGUCCCAGCUCAGUGGCCAUAUUCCUCGCCGCCUUCGGUACCUUCUCUUGGGGCAUGUACCAAGUCGGAAAGGGCAACAAGAUCCGCAGGGCGCUCAAGGAAGAAAAGUAUGCUGCUCGCAGAGCAAUACUGCCGGUGCUUCAAGCUGAAGAAGAUGAAAGAUAUGUCAAAGAGUGGAAGAAGUAUCUCGACUAUGAGGCGGAAGUCAUGAAGGACGUGCCUAAUUGGAAAGUUGGUGAGAGUGUCUACAACUCUGGAAAAUGGAUGCCCCCAGCAACGGGCGAGCUCCGCCCUGAAGUUUGGUGAUUCAUUUUUCAACUCCAGUUGCGUCUGCAGCUGGCUCCAGUUGGUUUGUUUUGUCUUAUUGCAUGGUUGCUUUGGUGGGAUGUCAUAGCUCUGUUGUGAAAUAAAAAUGCAGCAGAAAACCCUUAUUCACAUGUUUGCAAAUACUACAACAGUAAUUGUCUUAUUUUAUCCCCUUUAUCAUCA